CUCUUUCUGCACUUUCAUUUAUUAUUCUCUCCAUUCUUGUUCUUACUGUGAGAUUCAUUAAUUAACAAACAAGAACAUGGAGUGGUGGGUGUCAAUGCCAAAGGUGGAGUUGCAUGCUCAUCUCAAUGGAUCCAUUAGAGACUCCACACUCCUAGAACUCACAAAGGCCUUAGGUGAAAAGGGUGUUAUAAAUUUCUCUCAAGUGGAGCAUAUCAUCAUGAAGUAUAAUCGCUCCGUUAAAGAAGUAUUCCAGUUAUUUGACCUCAUACGCAUUCUUACCACCGAUCAUGCUAUUCUUACAAGAAUCACCAGAGAGGUGAUUGAAGAUUUUGCGUCAGAGAAUGUGGUGUACCUGGAGUUACGAACUACUCCAAAGAGGAAUGAUGCCAUAGGAAUGACCAAAGGUUCCUAUUUUGAGGCAGUAUUAGAAGGUCUAAGGUCGGUUACUUCGGUAGAUGUGAAUUUUAUUCCACAAGACAAAGAAGAUUCUAGAACUCUUUUCAGUCCUAACAAUGGAAGUUCUAGAAAAAGAAUAUAUGUUCGGCUUCUGCUGAGCAUUGAUCGGAGGGAGACAACGGAAGCAGCCAUGGAAACCGUCAAGCUUGCACUUGAAAUGAAGCAGUUUGGCGUCGUCGGAAUCGACCUUUCCGGAAAUCCACUUGUUGGUGACUGGAAUACUUAUUUGCCGGCACUAAAAUUCGCUCGCAAUCAAGGCCUUUAUGUAUCUCUUCAUUGUGGCGAGAUACCGAAUCCUAAGGAGAUUCACCAGAUGCUUGAUUUUAAGCCUGAGAGAAUUGGCCAUGCAAUUUGCUUCGAAAAGGAACACUGGGAAAUCCUCAAGUCUUCCAAGAUUCCGGUUGAAAUCUGUCUGACGUCAAACAUUAGGACAUUGACGGUUCGAUCAAUACAAGUUCACCAUUUUGUUGGUUUGUACAAGACAAAACAUCCCGUAGUCCUCUGCACCGAUGACUCCGGCGUGUUUUCCACCAGUCUCUCGGAGGAAUAUAAGAUUGCUGCCGAUGCAUUCGUCUUUACAGGGCUGGGAAAGAGGGAAUCGUUUGAAUUAUCAAGAAAUGCUGUGGAGUUAAUAUUUGCAGAGAGGCAAGUUAAGGAAGAUUUAACAAAAUAUUUCGAUUCAGUUGCAAAAACUAUGGGAGUCUAUAAGAACAAAAUCCAUUCUUAUGAAUUAUAGGUUAAUACAAUUACCAUGAUUUAGUUAUUCUGACGUAGAUAUUAAAAUUAGUCCUUUACGAUAAUAAAUUAAUGAUUCAUUGUUAAAGUGAUCACUAUUCAAUCAUGUCAUUAGAGAUAAGAUAUAUUCUGGCAAUAUCUUUUUUUGUCAUGAUUUUGAUAUAGAUUUGAUGUUUUUGCUAACAUAUAUUGGGCCUAAAGAAGGGCCAACCUUUGUGGAUUGGGCCGUCAAAAACAUAUCAUGAGCAUGAACGGAAAAAAAAUCCCAGCCCAAAAAAGAAGAAAAAAGAAUCUAAUACAACCACUAUAGUUAUAUUUUCAGUAAAAUGAUUAUUAUAAUGUUAUAUUUAUUUUUCCUGUAUCAAAGUUAAUCAUGAAAUACAUUUAUGUUGAGAAUGAAAGAUGGAGAACCCAGACCAUAAAACAGCAUAGCCACAGCCAAACGUGGAUUAUUAAUGAAUAGCAUUUCUUUCUCAAUUGUUUCUUUGGAAUGUGGAAAGAAAAUUAAAGGGCUUAACUAUAGGAAAUAGAUCUUCUCUAUUUUUUUUGUCAUU